ACUGCUCAAAGCGGCCUCAACCUCCGCUCACUGACACUCUGUGACUUAGACUGUCAUCAUCUAGUACUACUACUACUACGACGACGACGACUCCCCGCCGCCGUUGUUGCCGCCACCGCAGUCGUUCUCCUCCUACGACGACUAGACGACCACGACGCUCGUGAGCGAGCGGGUGUCACAACGAGUUUUCUUAAAAAGACUCCCCUCUGGCGAAGAAGGAGAGAGCGCGCGCGAAAACUUGGUGCUUCUUGAAACUGUCAUCGUAUUUGUAAAACGUUUCGACGAAAGCGGACAAAAAUUGUUUACGAAAAUUUUUUUUUAGAAAAACAAAACAAAAAAAAAAUCGCAAAAUCAUCUCCUCAUCGCUGGACUUUGGCAGGAUAUACUUCCGUCUCUGAAUUUUUUUGUUGUUUGUGCUUUUGGAUUUGAACUUUGUACGCGAAAAUAAUCCUUUUUUAUAUAGAUACUUUGUAUACUUCAGUGUGAACAUUUUUAUAUACUUAGCAUAUUUCGAAGAACACAAAAGAGUAUUUUUCAAGUGCUUACACAGUUCCCCUCGCUGACCAGGUAGUACCAGCAGAGACUGAGAGUUGCUCCCCUGGCAUUUUUGCACUCUCGCAAGCACUCGUCAGUUCACUCACGCACGCACGCAAGCAAGCAAGUCUUGCGUGGUUGAGUGUCUUGUGUGUGUGUCUUGUGUCAGUGUGUCCUUCCUGAGGUGGACAGACAGAAGCGUGAAAGACCAACAACAGCAUUUCUUAACAACAGCGACAGCAUAGGAGGACCUUGGCAGAGUAUCGGGUGUCCCACUUCAAUCUCCCCUCCCCACCUCCUUCCUUCCUUCCUCCUCCCCCUAAUACACACACGCACACACACUCGACGUCUCCUGAGUCUCUGCCGCUGCUUCCCCCAAGCACUCACUCCAACCACCUGACUGACUGACUUCGCGGUCCUCGCGUGGCGGAGUCUCUCUCUCCCGUCUGUGUGUCAGUGCCAGAGGUUUCGGUGCCUGCCCGAAGACAGACAGAGUGAGAGAGUGUGUUUUGUGCUCGGUGUCCCUGUUCCUCGUCAAUGGUGUACCUGUGCUCUUGCAAGACACUCGGGAAAGGCGUACCCUUCGCGAUCGUCCUGAAGGUGCCGCGUGAGAAUCCAGGUGGAGGGGACAGUAAUAGUUUGAUAGCAACAACAAAAGCCACCACCACCACAACAACAACUUAGUCGUUGUCAUGUGGUGUUAAGGAAAGUGGAUUACUCGGUGUGUGAGUGUGUGAGGUUAUGCAUCAUACGUUACGGAAGUUUUGAAAAAGGAAAAGGAAGGAGGAAAAGACAAGGAAGAAAGAACUGUAACAAUAAUAGCAACAGACGCUGAUAAGAACGAUUGGACUUCUUUUUUUCUGUCUGUGUGUGCAGAGUUCAAGGUCACCACACGGCGUGAGCAGUGCCCUUGUUCGUUCGUUUGUGUGUGUUUGGGAGAGCUCUCAGAGUAGUGAGAGAGAGAGAGAGAGAGAGAGAGAGAGAGAUAGAGAUAAACACACACACAGGGAGAGAAUUAUUAAGGGCAGGAGUAGUUAAGGAGUGACCUUGAUCCUGAAGGUGACACUGUUGACAAGCUGACAACACAGAGCAAGAAAGAGAGCGAGAGAGAAAGAGAAAGAGAGAGAGACCUUGUCGACGACUUCUCAGUCUGUUUCCUGUGAGAUGAACUCUGUGCCCUAAUUGAAGUGACUGUGAAAGAGACAUACAGACUUUUUUGGGGCCAUUUUUAUACGAUUCGUCUUUUUUGUACGUGUGAUUUUUUACAUAUGCAACUGAAUGUGUAGCUUUUAAGGACGCCCUACAAUAGCCUUAAGGUCCGGAGCCGCCGAAGGGAAGCUCCGUGAGUAUCAACUUUUCUACUUAGAUGUUCGAAGAAGAAGAAGGAGAAGUAGCAGCACCUCCUCCUCGUGAUCUCGUGCUUGAGUGUUUGUUUGUGUGUGUGUUUUUUAUACUCGUCGUCGCACAGCAGUGCAACAGCGUCGUCAGUGAACGGGAGUAGGACGACCCUCCUCCUCCUCCUCCUCUGCCUUCCUACCUCGAGAGUCCUCCUCGAGGAUCAUCAUCGUUCGUCGUGUCCCCCGGAAGCGACGGUAGCAUGAAGAUGAGCGAGCAGGCCGUGUGCGAGCCCUACGUGUCUUCCUCCUCAGUGACCGAAUCCGAAGAGAGCCCCAUGUUCCCCUCGCAGGAGUACAAGGCCUACCCCUCCUACCACAUGGAACACCCCCAGGCGACCUACCUCGCCUCCGACGAGGCCGCCGUCAACGACAGCAGAGAGGCCAAGCCUCCUCUCCCCCCACCACCUCCUCCUCCUCCUCCGCCCUCGAUGGGCGGCGAGGUGUCCACCUGCGGUUACUCAGGGACGUGGCCGCCGCCGCCGCAGCAGCAGCAGCAGAUACGAGAGGACGUACCUGAGAGGAUUGACCACUACGACGUCAAGCCCGAGAUCGACAUCAAACACGAGGAGCCCCUGGCCUACGAAAUGCAGCGCCAACAGCAUCUCCAACAGCAGCAGCAGCAGCAGCAGCACCAUCAUCCCCAGCAGCAGCAGCAACACCUGCAGCAGCAGCAGCAGCGUCACCACCAGCCACAACAGCAGCAGCAGCAGCAUCACCAUCAGCCCCAGCAGGAACCCCCCCAGCUGGAGCGAAGGACAGGUGUGAUUCGGUGCGUGGAUAAUAGUAUGCCGCCGCCCGACGGCGUGUGUUACGACCCCAGGUCUAGGAGGCCCUCCGGCGGGUUCGUCAGGCCCAUGGACGGCCUUCGGCCCGGCGACAUCUUCAAGAGCCCCCACAGCGGCGGCAGGUACAAAGACUUACGUCGCUCCCACGACCCGCCCCCUCCUCCUCCGCCGCCACCGUCAGGAGCCUCUGCAGCAUCAGCCUCCCGGUCCGAUCACAACGCCCCUCCUGACCUGAGCCCUCACGGUGACCCUGGCAGGGCGUCGUCGCAGUGCCCGCCUCCUAAUUCUCCCUCUCCUUCUUCCUCCUCCUCGGCGCCCGCCGGCGGAGGCGGCAAGACGAAGUCCUCCGGGAAGAAGGAACGCAACAAGAAGGAGGAGAUCGAGGACGUCUCCAGCUCCAUUCCUGACCUAGAAUUUGAUGGGACUACCGUCCUGUGCCGCGUCUGUGGCGACAAAGCAUCCGGUUUCCACUAUGGAGUCCACUCCUGCGAAGGCUGUAAAGGAUUCUUCCGCCGCAGCAUCCAGCAGAAGAUCCAGUAUCGUCCCUGCACCAAGAACCAACAGUGCUCCAUCCUGCGGAUCAACCGCAACCGAUGCCAGUACUGCCGGCUUAAGAAGUGCAUCGCUGUGGGCAUGUCGCGAGAUGCCGUUCGCUUCGGACGCGUCCCCAAGCGCGAGAAGGCGAAGAUCUUAGCGGCCAUGCAGAGCGUCAAUGCCAGGUCGCAGGAGAAGGCCGUUCUGGCCGAACUGGAGGAUGACACCCGUGUCAUCGCCGCUAUCAUUCGCGCCCACAUGGAUACCUGCGAAUUCACCCAGGACAAAGUGGCGCCCAUGCUUCAGCAGGCUCGCGCCCACCCAUCUUACACUCAGUGCCCACCGACGCUGGCGUGCCCACUGAACCCACGGCCAGUGCCCCUCCAUGGCCAACAGGAGAUGGUGCAGGACUUCAGCGAACGCUUCUCUCCAGCAAUCAGAGGAGUAGUAGAGUUUGCCAAGCGUCUGCCCGGAUUCCAGCAACUGCCCCAGGAGGAUCAGGUCACGCUACUGAAGGCAGGAGUGUUUGAAGUGCUGUUGGUGCGACUUGCCGGCAUGUUUGAUGCCCGCACCAAUACAAUGUUGUGCCUGAAUGGCCAGCUUCUGCGACGAGAAGCUCUCCAUACUUCUGUCAAUGCACGCUUCUUGAUGGAUUCAAUGUUUGACUUUGCUGAACGUGUUAACUGCUUGAGCCUCAGUGAUGCUGAGCUUGCACUGUUCUGUGCCGUCGUCAUACUGGCACCAGAUCGUCCAGGACUUCGUAAUAGUGAACUUGUGGAGCGUGUCCAGCGGCGCCUUGUGAACUGCUUACAGGCUGUUAUUUCAAAACACCAUCCAGAACGCCCAAAUCUUCAUCAAGAGUUGUUGUGUAAAAUUCCUGAUUUGCGCACACUGAAUACACUGCAUUCAGAGAAGCUGCUCAAGUACAAGAUGACUGAACAUACUGCAGCUGCCAAUGGUGCCUGGGAUUAUCGCUCAUGGAAUUCAGAGCAGGAAAGUAGCAUUGGAUCUCCCUCCUCCUCAUGUGCUGCUGAUGAAGCUAUGCAGUCUCCUGUGUCCUGUUCAGAAUCUGUAAUUGGCGAGAGUGGAAGUUCCUCCGAGUCCUUGUGUGGGAGUGAAGUAUCUGGUUACAGUGAACUGCGUCAGCCUUUCCCUCUUGCACGCCGACGCCACGAUCUCUCCGAAGGUGCAUCAUCUGGGGAUGAAGCUACUGAGUCCCCUCUGAAGUGCCCCUUCAUCAAAAGAAAAUCUGAAAGCCCAGACGAUUCUGGAAUUGAAAGUGGAACAGACAGAAGUGACAAGUUAUCUUCCCCAUCAGUUUGCUCAUCUCCACGAUCAUCUAUUGAUGAAAAGAGUGAAGAAGACCAAGAGGAUAUGCCAGUUCUGAGACGAGCUCUGCAAGCACCACCAAUUAUUAAUACUGACUUGCUCAUUGAGUCCGUGUACAAACCUCACAAAAAGUUCCGUGCUCUGCGCCGCGAAGAUGAGCCCCAUUCAUCUCAGCCUACACCCUCCAUUUUGGCGCAAACUUUGUCACAGCCUCUCCAACAAACUCCUCCUCCACCUCCACCUCCUGUUGCAUCAUCUCAGUCUACAGUGUCUUCUUCAAACUCAACACUUGCUGCAACUUUAGCCUCCUCAUUAGAAUCAACUUUAAGUACAGAUGAAACUAAAGGUGACCCAACACAAAGCAGAUUGGUCAAUAAGCAUUCUACUCUUGCCCGGACACUUCUUCGUGGAACAAACAAAACUACUGAAGAUCAUAUGCGUCGCGCAGAUUACCUGCACACCAUGAUCAUGCGCCACGAGCCUCCACGAGAGCAGUUAACACCAGUAUCGAACAGCAGCAGUGUGUCACCUGCCCCAUACCAUGUUCCUCAAGCUGCCUUGGAUCGACUCCAGCCACCAGUAUCUUCAUGGCCAUAUGCAUCCUCCCGGAGCUGCCCAAGCAGUAGCAGCAGCAACAGCUGUGUCAGUACCCUAAGUCCAAUGCAACCCACCGUCACUGCCCAGCCUCGGCUUCACCUCCUCACUACUCCUACACCCUCCCGCUACUGUGAGCCAAGGGUGUCUGUGACUCCCGUAGGUCUUGGGGCACAACCAACAAGUUCUCCUAUACAAAUCCCAUCUUCACAGAGCGUGACUGUCACUCCGGUUGGAAUGGGUAUGGGUGUCCAGCCACAGAGGGCAUCUUUGUCUCCAGUUGUCGAGCUUCAGGUUGACAUCGCUGACUCGCAACCGCUCAACCUUUCCAAAAAGACACCGCCACCAACCCCCCAGGAGUUCACCAUGGAAGCGUAAUUGAGGGUUGGCCUGCGAUUACCCAAGUACAAAGCCACUGUGUGGCCCCAAUAUUCUCACUCUCAGGCGGACAGAUGGAGGACAGCAAAAGCAGCAGCAGCAGCUGCAGCAGCUUUAGAGGUAGCACCUGAUCGAAGCAGAAGAAGAAGCAGAAGACGAAGGCGGAUUUGCAGAUAGUACUAAUUUAAGAAAGAUCCAGGAGUGCAGCAGCAGCUGCUGCGGGUUGCGGGUUGGUCCUGGAGCACGUAGUGGUCUGGGGUCAUGGGAGUGCCAGCAAACUUUUUGGCACUCCGUUGGUGAUGGUAGCAGUGGGUGCCACCUCACUACUACUGCCUGCUCCCGACUCGCCCGCGCCAGCAGUCAUGUACAGGGGGUGGGCGCCAGUCUAAAAUAAAAAGUAAAAUAAAACCCGCCCUGCACCACGCCACUCGUUUCGUGGCCUUUCAUACUGACCGCCCGCCCCACCCUGCUUGUGAGGGCGUACGAGGGGGGCCUCUCAGGCCCCUCUCUCGCCUGGGCGAGAGCCUAGUGAUGUACCUAGUUCAGUAUUCAUCACCUCAUGCGAUUUCACCCCCGAGGACCAGUUUCAUCAUCUUCAUCACCAUUCAUUAUUUUUCAUUAUUUUUCAUCAUUAUUCAUGGCUAGAUCUCGAUGUUAUUAUAAUUAUUAUUUAGCCCUGUGUCUGGCGAACUGUUUGUUAUGUCAUUAUUAUUAUUAUAAUUGUUACCAUUAUGAAAAAGAGAAAAUUGUUAUUUGUCAAUACAAAUCAUUUUCAGUUAUUUUUACUGUAUUACCAAUGAUUAUCAUUUUUUUGUCAUUAUCAUUAUAGCUCUUAAUGUAAUCUUAUGGACAUUAGUUUGUCAUAACAAAUAGUUCCACCGUGUGCUUGUAUGUACAUUUUUGUAAUAUUUGGGAGUUCAAAUUUUGAGUCUUUAAAAAUAAAUGUGCAAAGAAAAA